AUGUCCGUGAGUUCUGGAGCUUUCCGUGAGGUGUUGAGCAGCACAGCCGAGAGGGAGCAGUAUAAAUUACUCUGCCCGGACAACACUUGGAAGCCAGUCCACGAAUAAAAGCAGUGUCACCUAGCCAGGGUCCCUUCUCGGGCUGUGGUGGCCCGGACUGAGGACGGCAGGGAGGACGCCAUCUGGCAAAUUCUCCGACAGGCACAGGAAACGUUUGGAAAAAACAAGUCGUCCGCAUUCAAGCUCUUCAGCUCCCUUGGGCGGAAAGAUCAAGUGUUCAAGGAUUCCACCAUUGGGUUUUUGAGAGUGCCCCCAAUGAUGGAUGCUAAGCUGUACCUGGGAUCUGGCCACGUCCUUGCGGUCCAGAACCUGAAAGAAAAGGAGGAAGAAGUAGCAGCUCGAAGGUCCCGGGUUGCUUGGUGUGCGGUGGGGACGGACGAACUGCGCAAGUGUGAGCGCUGGAGUGGCGUGAGCCAGGGCCGCGUGACCUGCGCCUCGGCCCCCACCACGGAAGACUGCCUGGCCAGCAUCCUGAGAGGAGACCGUUUGGACGGUGGCUUCAUCUACACCGCGGGCAAGUGUGGGUUGGUGCCCGUCCUGGCUGAGAACCAGCAAACCCCAAAGAGUAACGGGUCCGAUUGUGUGACUCGACCCCCCCAAGGGUACCUCGCUGUGGCAUUAGUCAGGAAAGAAAACACUGAAAUUACCUGGAAGUCUCUGGAAGGCAAGAAGUCCUGCCACACCGCCGUGGGCAGGACGGCAGGCUGGAACAUUCCCAUAGGCCUGCUCUUCAACCAGACAGGCUCCUGCAGGUUUGGUGAAUUCUUCAGCCAAAGCUGUGCCCCUGGGUCCGACCCCACGUCCAGUCUCUGUGCUCUGUGCGUCGGGGACGAGAUGGGCGAGCACAAGUGCGCAUCCAACAGCAGCGAGCGAUAUUUCGGCUACACGGGGGCUUUGAGGUGCCUGGUGGAGAAGGCAGGAGACGUGGCAUUCGUGAAAGAUUCUACUAUCUUCCAGAAUGCUGAAGGGAAGAACACGGCAGCGUGGGCUAGUGACCUGAAACUCGAGGACUACGAGCUCCUGUGUCUGGACGGCUCCCGGAAGCCUGUGACGGAGGCUCGAAGCUGCCAUCUGGCAAUGGCCCCAAACCAUGGCGUCGUGUCUCGGACAGACAAGGUCGCCAUCGCUGAGCAAGUGCUGCUGCAGCAACAGGCUGAGUUUGGGAGACAUGGACCCAAGUGCCCGGGUGAGUUCUGCCUGUUCCAGUCUGAAACGAAAAACCUCCUGUUCAACGACAACACGGAGUGCCUGGCCCAACUCCAGGGGAAAACGACCUACCAGAAAUUCCUCGGCCACGAGUACGUCACGGCCACGGCCACGCUGACCCAAUGCACGACCUCCCCACUCCUGGAUGCCUGUGCCUUCCUGGAGAAGUAAAACUGCCACACACACAAAAAA